GUUUUGAUGUCACAUGAUUUGUAAUGGCGAUGUGCACGUCUCUCGCUGGUGCGGCUACGAAGGGAUGGAAUCAAGGAUUUUGACACACUGAUGCAUGAACUCCUUUUUCCAUGAGAGAUUACAUUCGAUUGACUUUUCAUCUGCUGGAAGUUUGCCACUCAUACUCUGGUGUUCUUCACAUUAAUUAACCAAGAUGGCUCAUCAUCAACAUGUCACUGAGCCAACAGCACUUUUCCCUCAUCUUGAAUCAAAUGAUCUUCACACUGUCAAGGAGUUCAAGUCUUUGAUUCAGGAUAACUUGACAUCAGCUCGGGAACCUUCAUUCUUGAAUGCUCUUGUGGACUUCUACAUCCAGACCAACUCUUCCCAAGCCCAAGAUGUCCUAUCUGGACUCCGGGAACCUCUAGACAAGCCUUUGAUGGACAAGCUGAAUGAGUGCAUGAAGUACCGUCAUAGCCGUCUUCCUGCCCUGAACCUCAUCAGUCACAUUGUGAGACACCAGCCCACCUGGCUUCACAAGAUUGUCCAGGCCCCUCUCUUUACUUCUAUGAUUCAAUGUCUCAAGGUUGAUACCGAUAUCCCGGUACUGAUGUGUGGUAUUCUGGCGAUUACCACUCUCCUUCCCAUGAUUCCUAGCAAGGUUGGGCCAUUCCUCCAUGACAUCUGUGAAAUCUUUGCACGUCUUGCCUCUUGGAGUGUACACAAACCAGGUGAAGUGCAUGAUGUUCACCAGCUCCAUCUCCAAGCAGCUGUGUACGCCCUCUUCCAUAGACUCUAUGGAAUGUACCCUUGGAACUUCCUGGAGUUCCUCCAAAGUCACUUUGCCAACCGGGAGAAGGAGUUUGAGGUGGCCGUCUUGCCUAUGUUAGAGAGAGUAAGAAUGCAUCCUCAGUUGAUUGUAGGUCAGAAAGCCAAGGAAACUGACUUAGCAAGGUGGAGAAAAAUGGAGGUCCAUGACAUCCUGAUGGAGUGCGCCCGGGUGUGUCUGGAUACCACCGAAUCAACCCGUGAUGAUCGGUCCACCUGUGGUCUUUCACUGUCUGAGUCUGGGUCAGGCAUGGCAUACAACGUUGCAACGAGGAGCAAUGUUUCUUCCUCUUGCAAGACAUCGUCCCCAGGAAUGAUACCACCUUCCAGUGAUGCCCAGAUCCUUCCAGCCAGCAAACAGACCACUCCUUCCAACCUCAACAGAAAACCUGACGUGACCUCUAAUCUCAUCUCAUCACAAGCCAUCCUUUCUGCCAUGUGGAGUCCCGCAGUAGAUUGCGGCCUCACGACCCCGCCCACGUCCCAUCCCCCCUCACCGGGGGGUAGCAUGAUGGACCUCAGCCUCACCUCUUCCCUCCAGAUGGGGUACGGGGACCCCUCUAGUUCCCUCACCACACCCAGAGACUCGCCCCACUCCACUCUAGGAGAGGAACAGCCCCACCGUGUCCUCAACAUCAGUGAAGGCAGCACGCCUAACAAGUCGGGCCGGAAAUCUAGGGGGAAGGGCCCCGGGGCGUUGCCACGUUACCCUCCCAACAUCCUUCAGCGUACCACCUCUGCACCGUCCACUCCAGGGUACGAUGCCAACUCACAAUGGCUUCCGGCGUCCCCCAUCCGCAAGUACAGUGCGGAUCGGACAAUCUUCAAUUUCGGCAACAGGUCUUCGGCACAGCACCAAGCAUCAAAACCUGCAGACGGCGGUGGCAAGACGUCUGCGCCAAGAUCAAGGCAGUCGUCUGGGAAAGAAUCGGGGAUAGAGGAAUCGGUUCUGGAGGAUUCCAUCGAGGAAGAGAAGGGUGGCCAAAUCAAAUGCCCAAAACCAAGACAGGAGGAUGACCCUGAUGAUCAAGAAUCCUCCGUUUCUCUCAAAGAUCUUCCAAGUCUAAUAAGACACCUCUCUGAUAGCCAUCUAAGAUCAGAUGAUGCUACCAAUGCGGAGGUGUCUUCCAUCGUUAAUAGUCCUCAGCGAAACGUUGGUGAAUUCAUGUCAAAGAUCAUGGCCGGGCUGCAUCAUCACAAGGAGAGUCCAGAUGAGUCAGACCACCUUGUCUUGAACAGCACCCCGAAGUACGAAGUUGAAAAACAAAGUGGACAAGUGGUUCGUGGCACUGCAGAAGGUGCUGAUGAUGUCUCUAUGUCAGUGGAAGGAUCUCGUGCAGAUAUCAAGGGAAGGGAUGUAGGAAACGGUGUGAGAGCAGAAGAAACGGGAAUGGCUGGUGUGGACAGCACAUCAAGUUCUGGUGAUGCCGAUGCUGCGUUGCAUGAACUGCACCUUGAGGAAUCUAGUCCUUGCCAGAAGGAAUUCCAGAAGGUCAGCCAUAAUCUCUUUGGGGCUGGAACAGCCAAUGGAACUGUCCAUGAAGAAGAUAGUAAGAGGAGAGAGGUCAGUGAAGAGGGGAAGAUGGCGGAAGACUGUGAGCUCGGGGACAAAAUCACAGAUAGUGCCCUUUCAAGGCAGCACAGAGGCAAUCAGGGUUUCACGCCAAUACGCGAUUGCUCUGUGGACAGCAUGGAAUCGCCGUACCCAGCUGAAAUGAGCACCGCAUCCCAGCAUGCAUAUGCUUCAAUCAAUAGCAUGCUUCGGCAAGCCUUGCCAUAUUACAUGUAUACUCCGACAAUGGGCACUCCUGCACCCACCUCCCAGGAUAUAGGGGAUGAGAUCUCACUUGCUUCCUCGGAUUUUAGCCGAAGUGGCCCCCUUCAUGCUGUGUUUUCACCUGCAGAAAUGUUGGAUAGACAUAUCAAUAUGAGUGAUGAUGUUCAUGAUAAAGAAUUGAGUCGGUUACCCCUGACUAGUCAGAAGUCUGUCAAUUGGACACAUUACGGGGGUUCCCCUCCUGCUGAUGAAAUCAAUCUAUUGAAAGGCCAGCUCCAACUCCUUCAUAACCAGCUCCUCUAUGAGAGGCAUAAGAGAGAGGUCCAUGCGGGCAGGAAUAGAAGACUUCUUGGCAAAACUCACAAGGCUAAAGCGUAUGAAGAGUUGAACAGCGCCAUGAAAGAUCAACUACGACUCCAGGAGAACGAGAUAGCAAAGUUAAGUGCUGAGGUCAACCAGGUCAGACUAGAAAAUCGACAGCUCACUAUGGAAUGCCAUCACAAGGAUAAAAAUUUCCAACAGGCUGUUCAAAAAUUGGAGGCUGAGAAAGUGCACUUGACAGAAUGCAAAGAAGAACUGAACAAGCUUCUUGUCACACACAGACUUGAGGUUGAUAAAGUCAAAAAGGACCUCAAGGUUUCAAAUUCAUCGUUAUUUGACAUAGAACAAGAAUUGGCCAGUGCUCGAGGUGAUAUAGCUACCAAUAAUCACUUAAAAGAUGAGAUCAAACGUCUGAAUAAGGAGAUACUCCUGUUGGGAGAGACUAAUACCAAGUACAAGGAGAAAAUAGAGGAGAGUAAAUUAAGCAAAGCACUGGUAGAGGAAGAGGACAAGAGAAGAGAGUGUCUCAAGAAAGAAUUAGCUGACUGUCAUGAUGCUGCGAGACAGAAGAGCAUACAGCUUGAAGCGGCCAAAGCUAGAAUCACUGAGAUAGACGCCCUCCUCAUUCAAAGGGACCGAUCAAUAGCAGAGCAGAAGAGAUACCUUGAGAGCGUGAAGAGUUUAUCAAAUGGAAAGAUUGAGGCGAUGGAAGCAAAAUACAACUCCUUGAAAAAGGUAACGCAACGUCUGGAAGGGGAGCUUCUUAAACCCAACAAACACCGCAGUGAACAGUGCAACUCCCGUCGUGACCAUGCCCAACAACGUUCCAACCCAGAUGGAGCUCAGCUGGAAGACUCCACCUCCAGUUCUGGGAUUUCCCGCAGUAGGUCCAACAGUCCGCAGAAGAUGUUCAGUCGCAGCGGCAGCACAGGAUCACAGAAGAGUAGACCUGAUCCUGCCGAGAGAAGAACCCCAUUGGGAGAUGAGGGGGCAGCUACAGCACUUGCAAAUGUAAGGACAUCGCGUAAGACUUCCACUCCCACUCCUAAGCAGGUUCAACAAGCAACGCAGGAAGGGUCAAAGACACCUAGUCCCUGUGCAGGAGAGCUCUUGAAUCAACCAUCGGUAAAGUCGCGAUCGAAGGAAGGUCCUGUAAAUGGGAAAACGAACAAGAUGCAGAGUUCUGCCAUUCGAUUCAGCGAAGCUUCUCCUUUUCAGCGGGUGCACUCCGUGUCUAGUGCCCCUUCAAACUUAGCUCCCAAUGCUCCGCAAGGGAAUGCAUCUCAUGAGAGACCCUUCAAGGAUAGGGCAUCGGCUGUCGCCUCCAACAGUUGUCACUCCUGUCCUGAAUUCGACAAACUAUCUCAGCAUCCUGCUGGCAGUUUAGCUGGUAGCCCUCAUGGACUGUCUUCAGAGGGCAGUGAGGAUAACAAUGGGAGCCCUUCAAAUCAAGAAGGAAGGAAAGCGAAUGCGGAGAGAACUGCCAUUGUUGACGAUAUCGGGUGUGGAGUUGGUAGCCAGGGUAUAGCGUCACACUUGGAAUUGGAUGCAAGUGUGGAAGAGCAUGGAUUAUCUCAUUGGUGACAGAAUCAACCGAGAGUCAAUAAGAUUGACUUUGUGAUGUAAGCAACUCUAUCUGAAUUGAAUGUGCCACUGGAGUGAUGAUCACAUCACCAUGUGGGUGAAAUUUGUCAUAAAAAUUAUUUUCGUGUCACAUCCUUUGAUGAAUAGAAUAGGGUGGGUAAGGGAAGCAAGAACGCUGACAAAUACCUCUUUUGGUCUCAAUUUUCUGACGUAUAUAUACAGAUGUUUAGCUCUGAUUUAUGCCAAUCUCACUCCAGAGCGAUAUGAAAUUGAAUUCCUAGCAGAGUAGUUCCCAUAUCAUUGGUGUGUAUAGUGCGUCACAUUCAUAUGUCCUUGUCUUCUUGGGGGGGGGGGUAAUCUUGCCUAAAACCACUCAAAUUGAAAUCAGAAUUAUUGAUACUUCAAAAAUAAUCCAUAAUUGCUGAGAAUGUAGUGAGGCCCUCAUGUUUCCUCCUGAGCACUCUCGAGAGGCUAUUUAAGUAAUAUUCUGACAAAAUUGUGAAUCUGCAACUAAUCCCAAAAUCUAUCGCUGAUGUGUGCUAAAACUUUUUAUCUACAUUGUGUUUGUAUUCUUUGGUGUAGAUUUGUUUAAAUAAAUAUGUGAUCUCAAUAAGGACUAUUAGUAUUUUAAUCUACAUACACAUUUUAUAAGUUGGAAUGGGGUAACUUGGGUGGCAGGGGUGGGUGGGGGGUAGGAUAUUUUUUUCAUUAGUGGUAAAUAACCAAAAAUAUAGGCUCUGUCACAUCGUUCCAUGCAAGACUUGCAUUUGACCUGCAGGUGACUAUAGUUUGCUAACCACAGAUGGCUGGUAUUGACAGUAUCUCGCAUGCAUUUAAUAGCAGGAGUUGUGGGUGAUUGCCCACAACUCACCUGCAAGACUUGCACAGAACGAUAUGACAGGGCCUUUAAUAAUGAAAAUUAAAAAAAAAAAUCCUUUAGGUCAUUGACACAGAAAUUCACAAUUAAAAAAGGAUGUACAGGACAACAUAAUGUCCAACUUGAUCAUUGAGAGUCAGAGAUACUGGCCUAUUGUUAGGUCAGUUCUUAGAAGAUUCUGAAAUGCGGGGUUAUUCUGAAUGAUAAUGCAUUCAUGAUCAAUGUGUCAUUGGAUUUUCUGUUCUCUAAGGUGCUAUGGCCACACCAGAAUUUCUAUUUUGAUAACCCUUUGAAACAGAAUCUGCUAUUUGAAUUUACUGCUCAUGCAGCUUUAUGAUAUGAAAAAUCAACCCCCUUCCCCACCCGUGGUAAUGAAUUUAUCAUUUGCAUGAUUCGGUGCAGGUAGAUCUUUUGUUCAGUGACAUGCUAUCCAUAAAUAACCUAUCGUCUCCUCGUUUGUGUAAUUUUAACAAAGUUUAUUUCGCAGACAAUAUGAGAAAUUCAGCCAUGUAUUAAAAAAUUAAAAAAAUGCUGUGUAUGUCAUUUUUUCAUAUAUUAAUGUUUAACAAAUGGAUGUAUAGAAAAUGUUCAUAUCUUUGCAAGUCAUUUGUUUGAAAUAAGUUAAUGGCAAAUACAAGCAACUUGCACAUUGUUAUUUGUUCAUGUGAAAGCACAAAGCACUUUCAAUGGUGAAUAUUCCUCCUUGUAGCUGCUCUUUAUAGCUGACGUUAACAUAUAUCUCAAACCCAAGUUGCUAUAUACUGUUAUCUUGGCAUUUUGUUUAGGUAUUACCACCCCACCCUCCCUCACCCAAUUAUUGAAAGUAUCCAUGGGCAUUCUUCGAGUAAAUUAUGUCAUUUUCAAUAAUAAAAUUUCUUAUACAGAAUACAUUUUGGCCUAAAAUCAUUAUCUAUAUAUUUUUUGUGUAGAAAAGUUUACACUAGUGCCACUAUAUGAAUAAAAUUAAAGUGACCACUAGUCAGAUAAAAAGCCUUGUUCCAGUAAAUGAUACGUUCGCAAUCCAUUUAUAAAAUAGCAUGGUUUACACAUUUCAUGUUCAUCUGUUAUAAAAUAACAAAAAGGGUAUUAAGGUGCAAGUGUCUUUUUUCACAAAACCUGCAACCAGUAGUAAGAGCGAUAUUUAUUCAACAGAUUUUCUCAUAGUGAAUAAAUGCAACAAUCUCACUUGCUCGUAAUGAUAACUUGUCAUUUGUGAUUGAUAUCAUGUAUAAUGAAAGAGGGCCUAGGUCAUAAUUAUCAUCUUUGGGAUUAUAAAAGUUAGUUGAUGCAAGAAAUAUUUAUUAAUUUCAAGUCCAAAAUCAAUCUUAAAUCAAUCUUGCUUGCAAUUGUCCAUUGUCUCUUUUGGUUCUAUUAUAUAUUGUCUCGCUCUAGCGUUCUAGUCAUUCAUGCAAUUUUACUCCGAUGAGUGCAUGUCGAAAAGCUUCAGUAUGUCAGUUUUUAAGGCUAUUUUACGAUUUUGCGAUACCAAACACUUAUUUCUUUGCAAUUAAUUACAAAUUUGCAAUACAUUCAUUUUGUCUUUUGCAACAGAAUAUCAUGAAUUACUAAGAUAUAUCUAUCUAUUGGAAAUUUGUCGUGGAAUUUUGCGAUUGAUGGAAAAUACAUGUCAGAUUCACAAUACCUCUUCUAAAUUUCCAUUGUGUAUGUGGCAUGCUUGUAAAAUUCAAAGUUUUUGUGUGGGUCCUAUGACAUGUAUCUUUGAGUUAUCAUCACACACAUGUUGCACAUCACCUGGGUUUUGUUUUCAUGGGAAAAUUGCGAGUCUACCAGAAUAAGAUUGUCCACUUAUCUUGGUAAACUGCCGAUUGGUCUAUUGCCAACUCGUCAUGCCAUUCCGUCCAUCCACAUUUCGUCUAACAGCCAUUUGGUCCAAUAAUCACUUUGUCUAAUCACCAGUUCGUCUCGUUACCAGUUGGUCUAAUACCAAUUUCUUUUAAUUCAUUUCGUCCAAUUAACACCAAGUCCAAUAGACCAAAUGUUAUGUGGACUAAAUGACCAUUGGACCAAUUGGUUAUUAGACGAAAUGGUGAGUGGACGAAAUGACAAUUAGACCAUGUGGAUAGCGGACGAACUGAUGUUAGACCAAAUGAUAGUAGACGAGUUGGUAAUUGGACGAAUUGGCAUUAGACCAAAUGGAAAUAAACCCUUAUCUCUACUGCCAUUGCUCAUCAUGAUAACUCCAUAUUUUUCCAUGAGAACCAAUUGUCGAGCCAUUUUAUGGUCGAUCACAUGUGGUCUUUUGUGUCAGGGUGGUUUGUUACGCAAUUUAUCAUUUUAUGCAUGAUGAUUCUAUAAAAAUAACUUGAGUGCGAAAUGGCAAAAUACAAGCCCAAAGGUUUUUUUUUUUACCUUAGUUAAUAUUAAAAUAAAAAUUGACACAAAUAUGUACUUUGCAUUUAAUAUGUGUACCGGUAGUAAAAAGGUUAAUUUAAAUCAGAAUACAUGUAUUUGAACUUGAGCUCAUAUAAUUAGAAAUGUUUUAGAAACCCCCUUUUGGCAUACCAUAUACAGGUUGUUUCUUAUACUUAAUGACACGCCCUUUGGUUGUAUUUCUUAUAGAUUUUUAUUGUGAUCAUGUCAUUUCAUCAGGGAGGAAAACAUCAUUAUCUUCAUUAUGUUAAUUUAUUAUCCCUCACAAACAUGCUCUAUGGCACAUUGAUGCCAGGGAUGUGUUUCACAAAGAUUUAAGUAUGACUUAGAGUGGCACUUAAAUGCUGAUGUGCUCAUGAUAUGCAACGCGCAAUCUUAUUGACUAGGACGCAGUAUUGCGCGUCCUCUUGGCAUGAUCUGACCAAUGCUGUCAUGCCUUUUAUAACGCAAGCAACUAGGCAUGAAAUGUGAAACGCCCCACUGGUUGAUCUUUUACGAAGAUGGAAUUAAUUCUCAACUUUAACAAGCAAUCUAUAAAUAUUUAUUCACAAUGACAAAGUAUGGUGUUGCUGCCUCCCGCAACUAUUAUAACUUGACCAUUAUUGCAACUACCAUGGUAACGAGGCUCAGCAGACAAUCACAAUCAAGGUUGCCAUGGUAGUUGAAAUAACAAAGUUACCAUAGUUGUAAAUCUUUAUGAAACAGGGCCCAAGAUCUGUCAAGUUCUUGAAUGUUUAUGUACAAGUUAUGGGAGCGGUGCUAUUUGUAUACUACUAGAUUACAUAAUUUUGUGCAAUUAAAACAAAGAUGUUGUUUCGCAAAUUUCA